CUGUGGCUUAGAGACAGUCUGCAGAUUCCCUGUGUGUUCAUAAACCACCACAGAAAACGAGUUGUAUUGCUCUAUAAAAGCAGCACUAGCAACGCAGGCGACGGGUGAGCUGUCCACUACUGUGGUGCUGAAACUAGGCGCACUUUUAAUGACGAUUUAUUGCCACUCUCACAUAUGUAAUGUAAUGACAACACUGACUGAAUUAAUCGACUGAAAUGGCAGACGGUGUCAUUAACGAUCUGCAAAAUGCAUACGUUGGAUUCAGCCAUAUAUAAUGAUGUUGGGUUUGUUGCUCUGUAAAUGCAUGCCUGACACAGAAUAUAUUAGGCUAUUUUUAUAAUGUAGCUUUAAGGUGAAUCCACAGAAACACCACGGAUAUAUGGGUGAAAAUAGAUGACCAGCUAUGACACCUGAAUGAAGGCAUUACAGAAGCAUCCAGCUGUGAGCAUAUAGCCGGGAGGCUGGCUGGGAACGCCCGCGUGGGAACGCCCGCGUGGAAUCGCAUGUGGGAGGGAGGUGGAGGAGAGCGUAGUAGUGUAGUGUAGAAACCGCGUUGUCUCUCUUCAGUCUCCGGUCCGCUCAGUCUGCUCAUCAGCUGAUGGAGUAGAGCUCCUCUUGACACGCAGAGACCAGGUCACCAGGUUACUCUCCUAUGAUGUGCUGCCUGCUGUUACCGUGAGCUUUGCGGUAUCAGCUGUAGCUAGCGCGGCAGAACGGUAGGUCGCUUCCAGGGUCUCCCCAGGCUAAACGGCACUAUCUAUGGAUAGUUCGUCAAGUGCGCUUCUCCAGAGGGCUAUUGGUGUCCAGUUUCCCUGAAUCUCUCUCUCUGUCUCUCCCUGGGUGGCUCUCUCAGUGUUAUCGCGACCCACCGGGAGUUUGGACACGACACAAUCACCACCCAACACGCGUUCGACCGGGGCCAGGCUGUGCGAGUCACGGAUCGCGCCCGAGCCGCCCCGCGCGCUCGCCCUUGCGCUUGCCCCUAUGGAGGGGGACGUGAUGGACAAGCUAGAGGACAUGGCCUCGGUGUACGAGUUCGACCCGAUCACCGGGAACAUCCCCGCCACUAAAGUAGAAAUCACCGUCUCCUGCAGGAAUCUUCUAGAUAAAGACACAUUCUCCAAAUCUGACCCAUUGUGUGUUCUCUAUACCCAAGGAGUGGAGACCAAGCAGUGGAGAGAGUUUGGUAGAACAGAGGUGAUUGACAACACUCUAAACCCAGACUUUGUCAGGAAGUACAUCCUGGACUAUUUCUUUGAGGAGAAGCAGAAUCUACGCUUUGACUUGUAUGAUGUAGACUCUAAAAGCCCAGACCUCUCCAAACACCCAUCUGAUGUCAGCGACUUCUUGGGUCAGGUGUUCUGUACUCUGGGGGAGAUCGUGGGGUCACCUGCCAGUCGACUGGAGAAACCACUGGGCGGUAUAGCUGGGAAGAAAUGUGGCACCAUCAUUCUGUCUGUAGAGGAGCUGGGUAACUGCAGAGACAGCGCGACGAUGCAGUUCUGUGCCAACAAACUGGACAAGAAGGACUUCUUUGGCAAGUCAGAUCCAUUCAUAGUGUUCUACAGGAGUAACGAGGAUGGAACGUUUACUAUCUGCCAUAAAACGGAGGUUGUGAAGAAUACGUUGAACCCAGUGUGGCAGUCAUUCACCAUUCCAGUCAGAGCACUCUGCAAUGGGGACUUUGACAGGACGAUCAAGGUGGAGGUGUACGACUGGGACCGGGAUGGCAGCCAUGACUUCAUAGGGGAGUUCACCACUAGUUACCGAGAGCUAGCUCGAGGCCAGAGCCAGUUCAAUGUCUAUGAGGUGGUGAAUAUCAAAAAGAAAAUGAAGAAAAAGAAAUAUGUGAAUUCAGGAACGGUGACCCUCCUCUCCUUCUCUGUGGAAUCAGAGUGCACAUUCCUGGACUACAUCAAGGGAGGGACCCAAAUAAAUUUCACUGUGGCCAUUGAUUUCACCGCAUCUAAUGGUAACCCGUCCCAGUCCACCUCUCUCCACUACAUGAACCCGUAUCAGAUGAAUGCAUACGCCAUGGCCCUGAAGGCUGUAGGGGAGAUCAUCCAGGACUAUGACAGUGAUAAGAUGUUCCCUGCUCUGGGGUUUGGAGCCAAGCUGCCUCCUGAUGGACAGGUCUCACACGAGUUCCCUCUGAACGGUAACAUGGAGAACCCUUACUGUAAUGGUAUAGACGGCAUCCUGGAGGCCUACCACGAGAGUCUGAAGACUGUUCAGCUCUACGGACCAACCAACUUCGCCCCUGUAGUCAACCAUGUGGCCAGGUAUGCUGCAGCGGUUCAGGACGGGUCCCAGUACUUCAUCCUCCUCAUCAUUACAGAUGGAGUCAUAUCAGACAUGGCUCAGACCAAGGAGGCCAUCGUCAACGGGGCUAAACUGCCCAUGUCCAUCAUCAUCGUCGGAGUGGGACAGGCUGAGUUUGACGCCAUGGUGGAGUUGGAUGGUGAUGACAUCAGAAUCUCUUCCAGAGGGAAGCUGGCAGAGAGAGACAUUGUCCAGUUUGUCCCAUUCAGAGACUACAUGGAUCGCACAGGGAACCAUGUCCUCAGUAUGGCCCGGCUAGCCAAGGACGUCCUGGCUGAGAUCCCUGAUCAGUUCAUCUCUUAUAUGAAGAGUCGGGGCAUCAAACCCAACCCUGCACCGCCUCCCUACACACCCUCUGGACACACACACCACACACAGAUCUGACCACCUCACACACACACACACACACCUUUACACUGAGUACUGAUGAGAGAGACACCGUCAAAGAUUUUCAACCCCUAGGAAUCAUGGGAGGGGAACUCUCUGUCUACUUCCUGAUUGGAACAUCGGGACAGGAAGUGAUGUAAGAGGAAGCUAUUAAAGCAACAGGUGUUUGUGUCAGAACUCUCCCGGACAGGUAACUCUCUGGACUGGGGAAGACAACAGUGUUUCUGUUCAUUGUGGUUCUAUCUAUUCUGUUUGUCUCUGGAGGAAAAUAGAGACUGCCAUGGAGAGAUUAUAUGUUGCUGUGCCAUACAAGGACUUGGUGAUCGAUGAAUUGUCUUUUUAUCAACAUACAUGGGCCUGUGACUGUUUUCUCUUGUAUUGUUUAAGAGCAGGUGUGAUCGAGGGGUCAUGUUGUGGUUGAAACUUGUGCCUGUCUGUGGAGUGGUCAUCUAACCGGCCAAGUGGAACCCUUAUAUGAACUCUGACCUCUCACCUUCGACCUUUGAUCUUGCAUGUGAUUGGUGUACUGGAGCGUGUGUGUUAAGGUGGUGAUGUUUUUAGUUUACUAGUUUGUUUUGGGCCUCAGACAUGUCCACAUAUUGAUUUGUAGCUUCAUCAUUCAAGGUGAAAAAAAAGAAAAGUAUUUGUAAUUUUUUGUUUCAUUGCUUCACAAAGUUUUUUUGUACUCCCAUAAGUUAUUGAUUCUUCUCUUGCUUUACAUUUCAAAGCAUGUUUGUGUAGGAUGAAAUUUCCCCGUAUGCCUGUAUUUAUAAUGUAUCAAAGUGGCAUGGAUAUAUAAGGAUAUAUAAUGAAUUUGUAUUUGUUUAGUUAUUUUAUCAUUUCUACGUACCUUCCCGGUUUAGAUUUCUCUACAACACACAGUUAGUUAGAUAGUUAACAAUAUGGUAAAGCACAAGGGCGAGAUACUUCAACAACCAGCACAGCAAUUGGUACAACCUGUAUGUGACGUCAUCAUAACUGUGACAUACAUAACCACAACUGUAACAUACAUCAUCAUAAGUAUUGGUUUUGAUAGUUGACCAGGUCAUAUUUGGGAUCAGUCAAAGAUAUUUUAAAUAUACAUAUCAUUACGCAAUUCAAAAGCACAAAAAAAAAAAAUCGAAUACUCUUUCAACUAUUUAUUACUUUAUUCUCUCUCUUUCCAUCUCUCUCUUUCCAUCUCUCUCUUUCCAUAGUGAAUGGAUUUUUGUUUAUUGAUAUUAAACCUCUUCGGAUAAAGCCAGUAAAUGUAUCCACUUGAAGAAUAUUUCAUUCUAUUGAAUCCUUUUCAUGAUCAACAAUAACUCACCCAUCUGUCUCUCUCUCUCUCAGCCUCUAUGCUCCCUGAGAACAAGCCAUUAUUGUAUUAUAAUCAGAUGAAGCCAAGCUCAAAUUAAAUCAAGUUGUGAAGUAUAGACAUAGUCUGGUCACCCGCUGGGCAGCAUACAAAGACAGAGAGAUCUCCUAGAUAGAUCAAUACUCUGUAGGCCUUAAUCAUACUGUAGACAGCAUUCCAAACAAGCCUGUUAAAGAACCAGGGGUGCAUAAUUACCAAAAAUGUAGAGGUUUUCCAGAAAUCCAUGGUGAAACAUUUCCUGGAAUCAGAAGGGGUAAUUUUGGAAAAGUUCAUUUUGCCAUCCUUUAUACAAGUCCAUCCUCUUAAGAGUUGGAGUGAUUUAGAGUUCAGUGUUGGAGUGAUUUAGACCUAAAGUAUUAGGACUGUGUGUUUAAUAAUUAGUACUUUACAACAAUACAUAUUCCUCCCCAUCAACUUUAAGGAAAGCACUUUAUUCUAUUCCUUAAAGGUGUACUGGUACUUCCAGAGUAUGUGUUUUAUUAUUUUUGGGGGUAGAUGAUGAUGAUCGUAUUGAUAUAUCAUAUGAUAAUAUCCUUGUUUAUUUUGUUCUGGAAUGUGUGUGAUGAUAAGCCAUUUAAUCUGCAGAGUACAUUACAAUAAAAAUGAAUAUAAUUGCACAUUGACUUGAAUAGGCAUGUUGAUUCUAGUAGUUCUAUUUCUAUAUAGAAAGACAACAUCUCUCCUCAAAUCCUGAUCUGUAGGGUUGCCAGAUUGUGUACUGUACAUCCAUCCACUCACCUGGGGUACAAAGACAAGACAGUGUUUUAUAUGUCAUGCCAACAUCUGUAACAUAGACACCAUCUUACCCAGAUUAUGUGCAUGGUAGUGGCAAGUAAUGGCAGCAAGUUCAGUGGACUGUUUGCUUUCUCUUCUGUUUGGUCUCUCGUGCCUGGCCAUUUCUGUUGUUAGGGUAAGCUCUCUUGAUAGGAGAUAUCACCCAUGGGGAAACUGUAGCCGACCAGCAUGUUGCACACAGUUCAUUGUUUAAUACUUUUUUUAAUAUCUUUUUUUUUAUACACCUCUUUCCAUGUUUGUUGUUUAACUCUCUGGGUUUCUAAAUUGCAUGGUCCCCAUUUUUUUUCUUUGAAUCGGUUUUAAUUGUACAUGAUCGUUGUCAUACGGUGUGUUGUGAAAGACUUACAUUGGAUUGCCAUAAAUUAAAAUGAAUUAAAAAAUGAAUGACUACUUUUAUAAAAGUUGUUGGAGAGUUGUACUUUGAUGUAGAGGUCUUCACGGAACCACCCGAAUACCAGAGAGAUUCCAAAAUUCUAACUUUUCUGUCUUGUCGGGUUGGGUCCUGUUUCAUUGUCAUAGGGUCUCAGGGUCGAUGUAAU